AAUUAAACAAAAAACAUGGCUGCCUCACGGCGACAACAGCGCCGCGGUGGAGAAUGUUUGGAAGCUGUCAGUCAACAUGGCGGCCGCCAGUGUGCGGCCGGACGGAGCGCGCCGCUAGUAAUGUCCGCGUCCGCGCCCCACGGCCUCGGGCGCGCCCCCGUUCGGCGCAGGGGGCACCAACACCACCCGCGGCUGCGGGGCGACCGCCUGCCCGCCCCGGCCACCCCACACGCCCCGGUCUCCCAGACACAUACGGAUCCGUCCAAACAAGUGACCUUACAUACCCAAACAAACGAUGUUGUGCCUUGUGUCAAUAGUGUUACUAGUGAAUCUCAAGAAGUGACAAGGACAAAUAGUGACGAUGCACUUUCGAAUCGAAGUCCGAUCGAGGACUUAGCCAAUAUUGAUGAUGACAUCGAAUUUGAUAAUAGAAUUACGGGCGCGGAAUCGCGUGACAGUUCAGAUGAUGAUUUUUCGAGUAGAGAAGAGCGCUCCGCGGGAGAUGGGGCGGAGGUGACCGUACUCCCAUCGGAUGUAUCCGAUGACGAUCCCGAGACCGCGGAGCUCGCUAAGCUGAGAUGUACUAGUGAAUGUACAGAAGUUCUUGCUGAAAGGGAAAACCGUCGGAGAAGAAGAUGUGCGGAUUAUCCGGGCCUAGCAUUUGGCAGUUCGAUUUUUUCGUCGGACACAAUGAUGAAGUUUUCAAUCAUCAAGAAUGAGUUGCAGAAUAUCAAGAACACUGCACUGAAAAGGGCCGAGUCCGAAGUGGCUGCCCUGAACCGACGCAUCCAACUGCUGGAGGAAGACCUGGAGAGGUCCGAGGAGCGUCUCGCCACCGCCACCGCCAAGUUGGCUGAGGCCAGCCAGGCCGCCGAUGAGUCCGAACGUGCCCGCAAGGUGCUCGAGAACAGGUCGUUGGCCGAUGAGGAGCGUAUGGACGCCCUGGAGAACCAGCUGAAGGAGGCCCGCUUCUUGGCUGAGGAGGCCGACAAGAAAUACGAUGAGGUUGCUCGUAAGCUGGCCAUGGUUGAGGCUGACCUGGAGCGCGCGGAGGAGCGUGCUGAAGCCGGCGAAUCCAAAAUCGUCGAGCUUGAGGAGGAGCUCCGCGUUGUUGGCAACAACCUGAAGUCCCUGGAAGUCUCCGAGGAGAAGGCCAACCAACGUGAGGAGGAGUACAAAAAUCAGAUCAAAACCCUCACCACCCGCCUAAAGGAGGCUGAAGCCCGUGCUGAGUUCGCUGAACGCUCCGUGCAGAAACUCCAGAAGGAGGUCGACAGGCUUGAAGACGACCUGGUUGCCGAGCGCGAAAAGAGCAAACUCCUGCAAGAGGAGAUGGAAGCCACGCUCCACGACAUCCAGAACAUGUGAACACCUCGCCCACUCGCCUGCCCCCCACGCUCGCAUAUCGACACAUACUUAUCGUUAACACUAGCACCUCACUAGUGCGCGCGUCAACUGUCAAAAUAUCCGCCAUCUUUGAAUAUUUUGAAUUGGCGGGAAUUUGCAUGAUCAACAAAUAUUAAUUUAUUUUACAUUUAUUACUUAUAACCUAGCCGUCGAUAUGGCCAGUGAGGGGGGCGGGCGACCUAGAUGUUAAUAGUAUAGAGUAAUUGCCAGCCGCUUCUAAAUGUAUUACCUAUGUCAAGUCCGAGUGUUCGCUACGACGCCACUGCCAUGUGCAAUUUUUUUGAUACACACAAAUUACUAAUUUUUAUUUCCGUAUAGAUGUUGAGAAGCGUAUAUCCUCAUGUUUUAGUCAUUAUUUUACGAGCGUGUCUGUUUAUCGAUGUACCGUCGAUAUUAUGAUGUGUGCAGCUAAAUAUCCGCUUAACAGCACCUAGUUAUAAGUGAAAUUGUCGACAUUCCAAAAUGGGGACCAAACUAUUCGCAUUUUACACUUUCACGAGUUUAGCCAUAACUUUAAAUGCUGCACAAUAAUUUUGUAUAUUUCCAAUUCCACAUAAUUAGAACUAAUUCUGUAUAAUUUUGUUGCAUUAGCUUACGUUCAGUGCAUUUCACAAAUAGCAAUAGCGAUCAAUGAUGGCACUGUCCGCAAUUUAUUAUGAACUCUUUAUUUACUUAAUAUUAGAGAAGAGAUUAGAUAUUUUAUUUAAUGAGUGAUGGUAACACGUAAAUAUGAUAUUUAUAAGAAUAUACUUGAUAUGAAGUAUUUGAUAUUCUAUUUUGUUUCGAGUAUGAUUUUUCUUGUGUCAUAAUUUGAGCUUGUUGUUAUUUAUUUAAAUUAAUCGAUGAAUAAAUGACGACUAUUCCGUUAUGUAAAUUAAAUAUAUCUUGUUGUUUGAGUCUGUUUAAGCUGGCAAUUGUUCUUUUGAGCGUUAUAAUAGAGUCCGCACCGAACCGGCGGCAUAUUAGCGCCGCGUGCCGCGUGUUUGGCAUACAAACAAACAAAUUAUUAUGUUACGAAAAUAUUCGAUAAAUCGAGGGGAAUCCGUCUUUUUUUAAUGUUAUCGAUUAAUGAAUUGAUAGAUAAGUUCGUGAGAAGUAAAUUAAUGACUUUAAGAGUAUUCUAACACAAGUGUUUAUAAAUAUAUAUUAUUAUUUUUAA